AUGAAGCCGCAGACGACAGUUGCGCUGACGCCGAUUCUUCGGAAGCUCGUGCCGCUUUGCUUCGUAACAGGUGCAGCGGUCGAAGUGUUUAUGGUCAAGACGGGAUUCUACGAGAUCGUCACUUUGAAAGAAGCCGAACGCCGCCAGCAACGUGACGAGGAACGCCAGGAAUAUUUGGCAGCUAGAGCUCGAAGACAGUGA